AUUUUCUUUUUCCAGGCGAUACACCAAAUAUCAUACUUUGAAACAGCUUCUGUACUCCCCCCUCCUGAACCCUUGCGUCUCGUUGGAUGCUAUGAGACUAAGCUUCUAUGAGAGGUAGAGGGAAGGCCAUGCCCCCCUUUUCUCUUUAGAUGGGCCAGGGCUUGCAAGUUGCAUUUUUCAACCGCCGACCCGUCGUACUCUCUCAUCGUUUUUACUCUCGGCCUGCUGUUCUACCUCUAACAAUCCUUCCUGCAACACCAACGGUGAACGUAAAGUUAAAAUAGAAAACUAGAAAUGGGUCAAAAAUGGCAGCCUUCAGCGGGCGUGUGGGCUACCUAUCAAGCACUUUCUUGCGCAUUCAUCAUGUUUGAUGGUGGAGUCUAUUCCAUGAUCUAUCCUUACCCGACGUUCCUGUUUUUCGUCAACAGUCCUAUUCCCAAAGGCUUCAUCCAACCCUUCAGUUAUCCCGGCUUGAUUGCGCUCAUCAGCGUCCCUAUCAUAGUCGCCAUCGAAACAAACUGCUGCAGUGCUGCGAGAAACAUCAACGAGAUGCUCUCCUACGUUCCCAAAGCCAUCUUGUAUCUGGUGCUUGCCUUGAUUACGGUUACCCAACUGACGCUGGUCCCUGCCGCGACGUUUUUGCUCAUGACGAGUGUUACGCUCCUGGUCGCUGCCUUCACUCCUGAACCCGCACAGACUACCAUGCCCAGGUAGUGGAGAGAAGCGUGACGCUUACACAACCUGCCGGACAGGGUUUAUUUUUCGGUAUUGGAAUCAUAAAGAAGGACACAUAUCUAUCAUUUCUGUUCAUGUUUUUUGUCUCUUGUGUAUGUUUGUAGAAUGUGUGGGACGCAUAGGGUUGGAUAAAUCUGCGCUGUGAAUGGGAAUCUUGACAGCAGCGACUUUCACACUUGGCCAUGUUUGCUUUUGGAUUGAUGUAAAUUUGUAUAUAGAACUUUACAAAAACAUGCGUAGUGGAAUGGGAAACAUUCAUCUUUUGAAGUGGCCUUCUUUUACGUAUAUGUGUAUCUCUUGGGCAUGCACUGUCCAAUACGGACAACAUUUCAAACACGAUAGUACUUUAAAG